AUGAUUAAAAGUACCGUGGUGUUGCAUAGACAGCUAAGGGUGAUAAGAAAGUUCUACCAACACAUCCUCGCCUUGGUGUUUGCUGUUGAUGAGAUCAAUGGGAAUCCCAAGAUCUUGCCCAAUGUCACGCUUGGAUUCCACAUCUAUGAUUCCUAUUCUGAUUCAAGGAUGACCUACAAAAACACACUGGAUCUGCUCUUUAAAUCACAUCACUUUGUCCCCAACUACAUAUGUGGAAUUCAGAAAAAAGUAGUAGGAGUCAUUGGGGGACUUAGCUCUGACACCUCCUCAUCCAUGGCAGAUGUCUUAGGUCUUUACAAGAUUCCACAGAUUUCAUAUGGUUCAUUUGAACUGGCCAUAAAUGAUCGCAUCAAAUUCGCUUCCUUUUAUCAAAUGGUCCCCAAUGAAGAUCUUCAGUACAAGGGAAUUAUCCAGUUACUUCUGCAUUUCAGAUGGAAAUGGGUUGGGCUCAUCACUCCAGCUAAUGAAGCUGGAGAACAAUUCUUGAAGACCAUUGAACCAAUGCUUUUCAAGAAUGGAAUCUGUUCAGCAUUCACAGAAAGAACAGAAUACUAUCUGCAAUUCAACGGUAAAAUAUUUGAUAUGGUGGAUCAAUCAAAGCUUUUCUCACAAGCUUUCAUAAAAAGCAAAGCAAAUGCAGUUGUUAUAUAUGGAGAAAGUACUUCGAUUAUAUGGCUUACAGCUGUGUUUACUGCAAGGAAUAUGAUUCAGCUAAUUCUUCAUCAAUCUGUGAGGAACAAACCUGAAGGGAAAGUAUGGAUUACAGCAGCCCAGAUAGAUUUCAUAUCAAAUGUUGCAAGAAAAGGUAUUGACCCUAAUAUACAAGUGCUCCAAGGUGCUAUUUCCAUUACAAUUCACUCCAAGGAGAUUCAAGACUUCUCAGACUUUCUGCACAGUGUAAAGCCUUCUGUACAAGAUACAUAUGGUUUUAUCAAGGAUUUCUGGGAACAAGCAUUUGGUUGUUCACUUUCAAACGCCACUCUGCACUCAUUUCUGCACAGAAUCUCAUUCAACAACAGUGCUGGGGAUGAAAUCACAUUAAAUGAAAAUGGAGAAUUAGCAGGUGGAUUUGAUAUUACAAACCUGGUCACUUUCCCAAAUAAUUCCUAUGUCAGGGUCAAAGUCGGAAAGCUGGAUCCUCAGGCCCCUCCUGGAAAAGAGCUCACCCUUAAUGGGGACGGAAUCCAAUGGCACAGAGUCUUCACUCAGGUGCCACCCGUUUCAUUAUGUAAUGCCAACUGCCGUGCUGGUUAUGAGAAGAAAAUGAAGGAGGGCAAGAAGUUCUGUUGUUAUGAUUGUGAUCCAUGUCCUCAUGGGAUGUUUUCAAAUGAGGAGGGGUUGGAAACCUGUGCCAGAUGUCCUCUGCAUCAAUAUCCAAAUGAAGAGCAGAAUGAGUGCAUUCCCAAGAAACCAAAUGUCCUAGGCUUUGGUGAAACUUUGGCCAUGAUUUCAACUUUCUCUGCACUUUUAUUCUCUUUGAUCACAGCUAUGGUACUUGGCAUUUUCAUUAAGCACCGGGACACUGCCAUCGUCAAAGCCAAUAACAGAAGCCUCACUUACAUUCUCCUCAUCUCCCUCCUCUUGUGUUUCCUGUGCUCCUUGAUGUUCAUUGGAAUGCCUAAUAAGGCAACCUGCCCACUCCGCCAAACGGCUUUUGGCAUUGUCUUCUCUGUGGCCCUCUCUAGCAUCUUGGCCAAGACUAUUUCAGUGGUUUUGGCAUUCAUGGCUACCAAGCCAGAUUCCACAAUCAGGAAGUGGGUAGGCAAAAAACUGGCUUACUCCAUUGUCCUUUCCUGCUCUGUGAUUCAAGUAGGAAUCUGUGUCUUCUGGCUGGCAACCUCUGCCCCAUUCCCAGAUGUGGACAUGCACUCAAGCAGUGAAGAAAUUAUAUUCUUAUGUAACGAGGGGUCAGUUCUCAUGUUCUAUGGUGUUUUAGGCUACAUGGGCUUCCUGGCCAUUAUCAGCUUCACUGUGGCCUUCUUAGCCCGGAAGUUGCCAGACAGCUUCAAUGAAGCCAAGUUCAUCACCUUCAGCAUGCUGGUCUUCUGCAGUGUUUGGUUCUCCUUUAUUCCCACAUACUUGAGCACCAGAGGAAAAUACAUGGUGACUGUGGAGAUUUUCUCCAUCUUGGCUUCCAGUGCUGGGCUGCUGGGUUGCAUCUUUUCCCCUAAAUGCUACAUUAUUGUGGUGAGGCCUGAGCUGAAUAACAGAGAGCAGCUGAUACGGAGAAAGAUGUAA